AUGGCACCGUCGCUGGGAUGUGCUGGGGACCCGAAUUGCGAACUGAGAGGGACGAGCGAGCGACGUGAAAAGAGGAGGCGAACGAACGAUAGGCGUCAGGACGACGCUGACCCCGAAGACCAGGGCAGCGACCUGAUCGACGCGCUCCCAGCGGUGCUCUGGCACCGCAUUUUCCGCCUGCUGCUGGAUCGCCCAUGCACCGCCACCCCUCCGCACUCCGCAGGCGGCCGCUACUACUGCCGCGCGCGCAGCACGGCGCAGCGAGCAGAGGCCAACUCCGGAGACGCCGGCCGUGGCGGCGGUGCUGGUAGUUCUACUGGCAGCAAUGUCCCACAAAGCGAUGAGAAUCGUGCGGCUAGAAUGGCACCGGUGCCCGUGUUCGUGAAGGCCGGGGUGUCGCCGUGCUGGCUGCAUGCACGCAACGCGCGAACGUACGGCUCCUCGUGGGCGCUGCUGUGCUGCGCAAUUGCUAGCAAGAGGCUGCUCCUCCUCGUCGCCUCCUUCUCCGAACAAGGCACGCCCAUGAGUCUGCACCUCAGUCCCGCCCAGCCCCAGUGGACCACCAGCUUCACAGAGGAGGAUUACCGCCAGAGCGACUGGAAUCUAGGCUUUCUCAAGACCUGCUCCUCCCUGCACUCCCUCACACUCGCACGUGGAGCCUGGCGCUUAGCCCUGGCCGCCAUUUCCCCCCAGCUGCACGAAUUCUCGUUCUGCGAGCCGUGGAAGCUGGAGGAGGAGGGAGGGGAGGACUGCAAGGGACCCGUGCUGCUGGCGCUCGAGUUCCCCAGGGCUCGCCGCCUCUCCUUCCGCUUCCUCAGCCACGAGCUCAAGCUGAAGCUCGCCCUCUCUCACGACUCCCUCACCUCCUUCUCCGCCUGUGCCCAGUCCCUCACUCUCGCCUGCCGCUCUGCCCGCCCUCUCACGUUGACCCAGCUGUUGCUGUUUGGGGAAGAGCGGAUCCAUAUUGCCUCCUUUGAGGUUGCCUUUGUCCGUGCAAUCUACCUCAACGCCCCGAUUAAACUGCUGCCGCCGCCGCAGCCCUCUGCAUGGGCGGACUGGCUGCGUGCCCUCGCCCCAACAGUGGAGCUGCUAAUAGCGAGGCAUGACAUUGACCUCGAGGCCUGCAGGUUCCCCUGGCCGCGGCUGCAGAGCCUUGGGAUAGUCGUGGCGAGUGACUACGAUGUGAUGAACCCGGUGCGAGGGGAGAUGGCGGUGGAAGAUGUGCAGAGAGCAGAUGGGAAUGAGAUCAUCGAGUGGACGAGACGCCAGAGAAGGAAGGAGCAGGCGGAGGCGAGGGAGACGGAGUGGAGGAUGAGGAAUCAAGGGCUCACUCGCUUUCACGCAGGUCCAUUUGCGUGCGUUAUUGCAGCGGUAGCGGGGCUGGUGGUAGCGAGGCGAAGGGAUUGGCAGACACUUGCUCUGCACCCAGGGCGCGUCACAUCGGACGUUCGGACGCUCUCUUCUCUUGCAAGCAGCUUUCAGUACUUCGCCCUUGACAUAUUCUUUCCCGCCAUGGCGACGGGCUCGCUGAAACAGAUCGCCAAGCGUCGCCUGCGCGACCUGCUCGUCGCAAGCACCGCCGGUCGCACAUUCGCAUCAGCGCCGAGUCCCGUCCAACCCGCCGUUGGUCACUCUCGCGUUGACUCCGCCGUUCACCACGCGCGCGCUGACUCCGCCGCGCGCACCCAAUUCGCAGCCACGAACCCCUCGUCCGCUGUGCUCGCCGCUGGUACCACCGACUCUCUGCGGCCUGCCGCGUCGCAGCCCACAUCGCAGCUUACGUCGCAGCCCACGUCGCAAAGAUUUCCCGACGAAUGUUUUCAACCGGCCUUCCUACCACGCGGCCACUGCCAGCCCGCUCUACCCUUGCCGCCUUCCGCGCUUACAGCAUCGGCGCGCUCUCAAGCGCCUCACACGCUUUGGCCUGCCGCGCCACGCGCAGAAUCCGCAACAGCACCAGCGGCGGCGGCGGCGGCAGCAGCGCGCUGCCACCACUCCGCCGCCGAGCCGUGCCACCACGACGAGGCGCGGACAGGAAACGGAGCCACGUCAGCAGCGACGGCGACGGCCGGCAGCGGCGGUCGUGACAGGCCCGUCGAUUCUGUGACGCCUGCCACGUCAGCAGCUGAUGACUCGUCCGCGUGCUGGCUUUGCUCUGCCGAUCGCGGCGCUGAUGCGCGCGCGGGGGAAAAGGACAACCCGUCCGCGGUUGACAUGCGCGCGGAUGCGGAUGCGGAAGCGGAGGGCGCGAGGGGCAGGGGGGAUGGUGCGACCAAGGAGGGCGAUCCGCUGACGUGGCGAUUCUUCUGCGGGACAUGUGGCGCGCUGCAACCGGUGGACAAACAGACGGACCUGUUCGAACUGUUCGGGCUCCCGCGUGCAUUCGCCAUCGACCUAUCUCUGUUGGAGCAGCGCUACAAGCAGCUGCAGAAGAUGCUUCACCCGGACCUGCAUGGGGGCAGGUCGGAGGAGGAGAGAGAGCUAUCAGCGGAGCAGGCAGCACAUGUCAUCGACGCCUACUACACGCUCCUCAGACCGCUCUCUCGAGCCAAGUACCUCCUGCGGGCCAGUGGUGUGACAGCAGCAGAGCUGAGUGGCGACAGUCCAGGGAGGGACCAGCAGCUUCUCAUGGAGGUGAUGGAGCUGAGGGAGACCAUUGAGGACGCUGACAGCCCUGAGCAGCUGCAGGCGCUGCAGAUGGAGACCCAGGAGAGAAUGGAAGGGCUGUACAGCAGUUUUGACGAGGCGUUUCGGCAAGGUGAUGUGGGGGCAUGCGUGGGGCUGCUGCACCGCAUGGCUUACUUCCAACGUGUGGCCAAUGAGAUUGACAACCGCCUGCAUUCCAUGUAG